ACGAAACCAAAGCCUUGCUGCUUCCCGCUCACACGGUCCUUGGGCAGCCGCACGCUCUGCACGGGCGCAAACUGCACAAACAGCUCGUGCAGCAACGCUUCGUCAACCUGGCUGUCCAAGUUCCCCACAUACAACGUCGUGUCGGUGUCCAUGUUGUGCCUGCUGUGAUGAGUCCGGCUCUGGGAUCCGUCCACAGAGGCCCUCAAGCACCCCCGUGUGGCCAGCGGCCCAGAAAAGACAGAAGCCGGGCUUUCCCUUUUCGGCUCGCGUUUCGCUCAGGCCCGUCUCCACCAUAUGGCUCUGCCGUCUCGUAGCAUGAAUUGGGGGCUCAUGGCUCGUCAACACUUGAAGCCGCCGCCUUGCGCCUCAAGCUGUGGCCCUCCGCAUUGCCAGACAUGAGUCAGCGCAUACCGGACCUGCGCUCAUCCGUAGCCGCAUCUGAGGACACAGUCACGCUGCUUCAGAACAGGCUCUCCCUUGUGAACGCAAACUACACCCUUUCACAAUCGCAGUCGCAGUCGCAGUCACAGGCGUCGCAAUCGCAGCUGCAGAACCCAGAUGCAGAACGUGCACAGAAACUGCGAGUACUAGCUCUGCUGAGACAGCUGAAAACAGUCCCGCUCAAGUCGGUCUCCUCAAAGACCGUGCCGGCAUCGCUUGCGAACUGCCAGCUUCGAACACAAACUCGCCAGCUCUCAAACACGCUCUCCGCAGAUGUGGUUGCAUCCGACCUCUUCAUCUGUCGCUCUAUAGCAGCGAUGCUGGAAUCGCUUCUUGCCGCCCUGAACGCUUCCAUAGCUGACUUGCAAUCGCAGCCGUCCUUCAGACAGCAACCAGAUGAAAUCAAGGCGUCCAUUUUGUUGUCCAAGACCGACGCCCUAAAGGCACGGGCAAGGAAAUUGUCUUCCUAUAUCAAAGUCUUGGUGAACGACUAUCUUUUCGGUCUUGAGUUCAGUUUUCUUUUCAAAAAUCUCGACGAAGACUCGUUGAAAUCCCGUAAGCAAAAGUUCUUAAAGCUCCUCGAGGUGCUUUUGAACAACAACAUCUUACACCCAAAUUCCGAGCACCCCACUUGGGUCACUCUAAAUUCAAUGGAUGACCCUCUCGUGAGGUUCCUACUUCUCAAUCGGAUGAUCUUGGUCCACCCAACAAUACCCAACAAGAUAAAGCUCAAGGACUUAAGCGUGGAUUUGUAAUAUAUAUUAAGUGUAUGUGUAUAUGUAUAUGUAUUUGUUACUGUAUUUCUUUUCUUCUACCCUCCUACCACUUUCUGUGUGUAUUUGUAGAUGUUUUAUUUAUUCUUUAUAUGACCAAUUAUAC